UCUGUCACUCACAGGCCGGCCAGGCCGGGGCAGCCAUGGCAGCAGCGCUGGUCUGGAUUCCUUUCCUUGCUGGUCUCCUGGCAGGACUGGGGCGCGCCGAGGCCCAGCAGACCACCCUGCAGCCGGCCGUGGGCCGCUUCUUCGUGCACACCUUGGACCGGGAACCCGCCCUGCGCCUCCCUGAGCACGUGGCUGUCCCAGCCACUGUCCCCGUCACCUACCACGCCCACCUCCAGGGACACCCAGACCUGCCUCAGUGGCUCCGCUAUACCCAGCGCAGCCCCCACCACCCUGGCUUCCUCUACGGGAGCCCCACCCCAGAAGACCGCGGACGCCAGGUCAUUGAGGUCGUAGCCUACAACCGGGACAGCUUCGACCCACCCCACCAACGUGCCAACCUGGCCCUUCCAGGCCCCCUGCUGCCAUACCAGGCUGAGUUCCUGGUGCGCAGCCAUGACGUGGAGGAAGUGCUGCCCUCAACCCCUGCCAGCCGCUUCCUCACAGCCUUGGGGGGCCUCUGGGAGCCAGCAGAGCUCCAGCUGCUCAACAUCACCUCCGCCUUGGACCGUGGGGGCCGUGUCCCCCUUCCCAUCGAGGGCCGCAAGGAAGGGGUGUACAUCAAGGUGGGCUCCACCUCACCCUUCUCCACCUGCCUGAAGAUGGUGGCGUCUCCCGACAGCCAUGCUCGCUGUGCCCAGGGCCAGCCUCCGCUUCUGUCCUGCUACGACACCUUGGCACCACACUUCCGAGUUGACUGGUGCAACGUGUCCCUGGUGGAUAAGUCAGUGCCAGAGCCCGCAGACGAGGUGCCCACCCCAGGCGAUGGGAUCCUGGAACGUGACCCCUUCUUCUGCCCACCCACCGAGGCCAUGGCCCGAGAAUUCCUGACCGACGCACUGGUCACCCUCCUGGUGCCCCUGCUGGUGGCCCUGCUGCUCACCCUGCUGCUGGCCUACAUCAUGUGCUGCCGGAGGGAGGGACAGCUGAAGAGAGACCUGGCCACCUCUGACAUCCAGAUGUUCCACCACUUCACCAUCCGUGAGAACACAGAGGAGCUGCGGCAGAUGGCAGCGAGGCGAGAGGUGCCCAGGCCCCUCUCCACCCAGCCCAUGUUCAACGUGCGCACAGGCCAGCACGAGCCCUUGUUCAACGUGCGCCCAGGCCAGCAGCUGCCUCCCCAGGUGGACAGCGCCCAGGUGCCCCUCAUCUUGGACCAGCGCUGAGGGCCCGCCCAGCUCCAGCCUCAGCCUCAUCCUCCCCUCUGCCCCGACUCACAGAGCAGCCGCCACCCAGGGCCACAUCCUUCCUCCUGAUUCUGGCUCCCGGUCCGACGGCCUCCAGGCUUGGAACAAGCAGAGGGAGGAGGGGGGGGCAGGUGAGGAUGUCUGGGGGUCAGGACACCCAGAAUAAAUACCUGCAGCUCUGCCCAUC